GACCUGCCAAACAGUCACUCUGCUGACGAGUUCCUGGCUGCACCGAACUGAUUCAUUGAGGCCAAGUGGACGGGACGACCGGAGUCCCGUGAGACGAACUUGAAAGCGUCCAUCUGCCACCUCAGAAAGACUGUAUGAGUUCGAUUCCUCGGAUCCAAUUAGGAAGACACUCCAUCAUGCGAUUGGAGUCCUCGUCGUGGCCCAGAGAUAGAAGACGGACGGGGAAGGGGAGACCUAACCAGAUAGCUAGGUGCCUCCUGAAGAACUACCAUGUCUGAGAAUAGUACAUUUUCCACAGAAGACAGCAGCAGCAGCAGCUAUAAACCCCACGCCUCAAACCUCCGAAGGGCAGGGAAGAAAUGCUCAUGGGCUUCCUACAUGACCAACUCCCCAACACUCAUUGUUAUGAUUGGCUUGCCAGCCCGGGGUAAGACUUAUGUGUCCAAGAAAUUAACACGCUACCUGAACUGGAUUGGAGUACCUACCAAAGUGUUUAAUCUUGGUGUAUAUCGACGGGAAGCAGUCAAGUCCUAUAAGUCCUAUGACUUCUUUCGACAUGACAAUGAAGAGGCCAUGAAGAUCCGCAAACAGUGUGCCCUGGUGGCACUGGAAGAUGUGAAGGCCUACUUUACUGAAGAGAGUGGGCAGAUCGCGGUGUUUGAUGCCACCAAUACCACUCGGGAGAGGAGGGACAUGAUUUUGAACUUUGCCAAGCAGAAUGCCUUCAAGGUAUUCUUUGUGGAAUCUGUGUGUGAUGAUCCUGAUGUCAUUGCUGCCAAUAUUCUGGAGGUAAAAGUGUCAAGCCCUGACUACCCCGAAAGGAAUAGGGAGAAUGUGAUGGAGGACUUCCUGAAGAGAAUUGAGUGCUACAAGGUCACUUACCAGCCCCUUGACCCAGACAACUAUGAUAAGGACCUCUCGUUCAUAAAGGUGAUGAAUGUAGGCCAGAGGUUUCUGGUCAACAGAGUUCAGGACUACAUCCAGAGUAAGAUUGUCUACUACCUGAUGAACAUCCAUGUCCAUCCUCGCACCAUCUAUCUGUGCCGGCACGGAGAGAGCGAAUUCAAUCUUUUGGGAAAGAUUGGGGGUGACUCUGGCCUUUCGUUGCGAGGAAAGCAGUUUGCUCAGGCUCUGAAGAAGUUUCUGGAGGAACAGGAGAUCCAGGACCUCAAAGUGUGGACAAGCCAGUUGAAGAGGACAAUUCAGACUGCUGAGUCUCUUGGGGUGACCUAUGAGCAAUGGAAGAUCCUAAAUGAGAUUGAUGCUGGCGUGUGUGAGGAGAUGACUUAUUCGGAGAUCGAACAACGGUAUCCAGAGGAAUUUGCACUUCGAGAUCAAGAGAAGUAUCUGUAUCGAUAUCCUGGUGGGGAGUCAUACCAGGACCUGGUGCAGCGGCUGGAGCCUGUGAUCAUGGAGCUGGAGCGGCAAGGCAACGUCCUCGUUAUCUCUCACCAGGCUGUCAUGCGCUGCCUCCUGGCCUACUUCUUGGAUAAAGGCGCAGAUGAGUUGCCGUACUUGAGGUGCCCCCUCCACAUCAUCUUCAAACUUACUCCUGUGGCCUAUGGUUGCAAAGUGGAAACAAUUACACUGAAUGUGGAAGCUGUGGACACACAUCGUGACAAGCCAACUCACAACUUCCCCAAGAGCCAAACCCCUGUAAGGAUGAGAAGGAACAGCUUUACGCCUCUGUCCAGUUCGAACACAAUAAGGCGUCCAAGAAAUUACAGUGUUGGGAGCCGACCCCUCAAGCCCCUCAGCCCUCUCCGUGCCCUGGAUAUGCAAGAAGGGGCGGACCAGCCGAAGACCCAAGUCAGCAUUCCGGUGGUGUGACUGUGUGUUUCCUCCAGCUAUGGCCUCUUGCCCUUGUCACUAAUCAAUCAAGAAGUCACUUAACUGUACCCCACUCCUGUCCCAGUGUUAAUCUGAACAUGGAAUCUGAGCUCAGACGUGUGCAGAGCAGCCAUUCUCUAGUGUAAACACCUCAGCCGGGGGCAGGAUGGCAAGUUGGGUUUUUAGAUGAGAUGAUCUGACAGAAGAGGAGCCAAGCAUGAGUCAUAGACUUGGUUCUUCUGUUUCCUGAUGUCUGACCCCAGUCUUUGUGAAGUGUGUGUGUGUGUGUGUGUGUGUGUGUGUGUGUGUGUGUGUGUGUGUGUAAGGGAGGGUUGCUGGGAGGAGUGCUGAGUAGAGUGAGAUGUAGCAACCUAUCUGUCCCUCAUGUGUGUCUUUAAAUCUGUCUUCAUAUCCUUAACUUCCCUGUCCUAUAGCUUCUCUUUGGGCUGUCUGGCGUGAUGCAUGACAUUGUGAUGUCUUAAAGUAAGGGACUGUUGAUAGCUAUCUAAGCCCCAUUGGUGCUGUCUGCACGCUGGUCUGGGUCUGCACUGGGAGAGUCUUUUCCCUUCCCUUCUCCCUUCCUCUCCAGCCAGGUCCAGCAAGGGUCAGCCCAGGCUACAGAACAUCUACAGAAAGCCCUGGAGUUUGCAAAUGGACAUAGGGUGAGAGC